AUGAGGGUCGAUACCGCGAACGAGACGGAGACCGCCGAGACGGUCGGCGCGACUAUGACCGGCGUGAACGCGACCGAAGGCUCUCCGGCACGCUCGGCAUCUCGCUCCGUACCUCCCGAGGACAAGGCAAAACCAAACUUCGGUGCUUCCGGAUUACUCGCUGCAGAGACGAACACAGUGCGAAAGUCGGACGGCAGUAGCACGUUGUUGAAGUACAAUGAGCCGCCGGAGGCUCGUAAACCCCUGCAGCAGUGGAGAUUAUAUGUCUUCAAGGGCGACGAACAAGUCGACUUGCUUCACGUGUCUCGACAAAGCGCGUAUUUGUUUGGGCGAGAUCACGUCGUCGUAGAUGUACCUCUGGAUCAUCCCUCCUGCUCCAAACAACAUGCUGUCAUACAGUAUCGACAAGUAACCGUGAAAGACGAAUACGGCGCAGCGAAAGCCGUCAUCAAGCCCUAUAUCAUAGAUCUCGAGUCCACGAAUGGGACGCAUGUCAACGACCAGACCAUUCCAACAACGAAGUUCUACGAACUUCAGCACAAAGACGUGAUUAAAUUCGGGCAGUCCGUGCGGGAAUACGUUUUCCUACACGACGAAGAGAGCGCCUGA